CUUGCCCAAAGCAUCAGUAUAAUGAUAAUGACAGCUUAGCUCGUCGUUGUUGUAGCAGAAAUUUAUCAUAGCUCAUUCAUGGGCUUAGCUAUUACCAUAAAGCAACUUAGUCAUAACUGUCUAUAUUUGUUAUAACAAAAUGGAUUAAAUAUGCAGGCCGCUUCUGUUAUUUAGGUCAUGAAGCGAUGACAGGUCAGAUAGCUAAGUUAGCCUGAAGUUAGCUAGCCAUAUAACGGGAGAGAUAUGAGUAGAGACGCAGAAAUCCAGAGUGAAAUAGUUGUUAAACGCAGCUCAUGGUCCAAAAAGAGACACCGAGAGGGAAUGAAGAGUGAUUUAACUCCGGCUAAGAAGCGGCUCAGUGCAGAGCAAUGCAAACCGACUGAGGAUAGAAAUCUAACACAGAUCAGGGUAGAGGACAGAGUCACAGAGCAGUGCUGCAGUGACAGCGAGGAUCUUUUCGAUGGCUACGACAGCAUCAUCGCUGACACCUCCUUCCUCGCCAAGCUGGAAGAUGUUGAACAGGACCAAGCACCACAAACCACCGAAACCACUGAUGAUUACCUCACAGACUUCACAGACAAUUUCCAUGAUGCAUCACUGAGGGAUUUACCGAGCUCUCAGCUUGCCUUUCAGCAAGGUGUGCAAAAUAAAUCGGACCCAAUUCACACAGGAGGAACAGGGAACACGUCUACUCCUGAUGUGAGAUGCGCGAAGCAGUCUCCAAUCUCCAGUGAUCAGAACAAACCGGCCAGCAAGGCCAGGAGAAGUAUGGCGGACCAGCUGAAGAGGGCCAUGCUGGAAAACGCAACUUCGUCCAACACAGUGUCAAAGACUGUUCUGCAGAAAGAGGCAGCUGUGAGCGAAGAAAUCAGUGCAGCUGUGCAGACCAUCAAGUAUGCUCCCCAAGAAGGAGAUUUGGGUCCUUUCUUUGGGCUUCCAUCCAAAGUUAAGGAUUUAAUCAUGAGACUGAAGAGGAUUAAGGACUUGUAUGAGUGGCAGAAAGCGUGCCUGAAUUUGGACUCGGUUCUCCACAGAAAGAAUCUGAUCUACUCUUUACCUACCAGUGGAGGGAAGACGUUGGUGGCUGAGAUUCUAAUUUUUAAAGAGAUUCUCUGUAGGAAGAAAGACGCACUGCUGAUAUUACCAUAUGUAUCCCUGGUGCAAGAAAAGGUUCGAGGUUUGUCAAGUUUUGGUAUUGAGCUGGACUUCUUGGUAGAGGAGUAUGCUGGGAGUAAAGGAAAAUUCCCUCCUGUGAAAAGACGAAGCAGGAACUCUCUUUACAUCGCCACGAUCGAGAAAGGCCACAGCCUAGUGAAUUCGCUGAUUGAGACAAACCGACUGGACAACAUCGGCUUAGUGGUGGUGGAUGAGCUCCACAUGCUAGGAGACGGCAGCAGAGGAGCGAUUCUCGAGAUGACUCUGGCCAAAGUGCUGUACAUCAGCAAAAGCACACAGAUCAUCGGAAUGAGUGCGACUCUGGGCAAUGUAGCUGAUCUCCUGAGUUUCCUGGGAGCUGAGAACUACACCAAUGACUUCAGACCUGUCCAGCUGAAGGAGUAUGUGAAACUGAGAGACACUAUAUAUGAAGUCGAUCCUAAAGAGGAGCAGUGCUUCCGCUUUUCACGUGUGCUGAAUUUUAAUUACUCCAGCGGGAUGCAGAAGCUAGAUCCGGACCACAUCAUUGCUCUGGUUACUGAAGUGAUCCCUCAACAGUCCUGUUUGAUAUUCUGUGCCACCAAGAAGAACUGUGAAAAUGUAGCUGGUAUGAUUUGCAAGUAUCUGAAUAAAAACUUCCUCAAGCACAGAGAGGAGGAGAAAGCGACUCUGCUCUCUGAGCUGAGGAACAGCGGGAAUGGUGCGUUGUGUCCCGUGCUGCAGAAGACUGUGCCCUUCGGCCUGGCGUACCACCACAGCGGUCUGACCAGUGAUGAGAGGAAGCUGCUGGAGGAGGCGUACUCAUCUGGAGUGCUUUGUCUCCUUACCUGUACCUCCACCCUGGCUGCAGGCAUCAACCUCCCUGCCCGCAGGGUGGUCCUGCGCUCCCCGUACUUGGGUGCAGAAUUCUUAAAGAGGAGUCAGUACAAGCAGAUGGUGGGAAGAGCGGGUCGUGCUGGGAUUGAUUCAUUGGGUGAGAGCAUCGUCAUCCUGCAGGACAGAGACAAAGAGCGGGUCAAACAGCUAGUGUGUGCACCAGUAGAGAACUGUUACAGCAACCUGCUGCAUGAUGGGAGUCACGGUCUUCUGAGUCUCAUACUCUCCCUCAUCGGCCUUGAGAUCACAUGCACUGUGGAGCAGGUCCAGGAGUUCAUGUCCAGGACUUUACUCAGCGUCCAGGAGACUCGGCUUUGUCUGCAGAAGAGUCUUCGUGAGCUUACAACGGAGUCGAUAGAGAUACUGAAUCAGAAGGGGCUAAUCACCAUGGCUUCUCAUGAGCAAUCUGUGCUGCAUAUCACCAAACUUGGAAAAGCAACAUAUAAAGGCUCAGUAGAUAUGAGAUACUCUGACAUCCUCUACAGAGACCUGUCUAAAGGUCUGGAGGGUCUGCUGCUGAACAGUUUUCUUCAUUUGGUGUAUCUGGUCACUCCAUAUGACAUGGUUUCUCAGAUCAAACCAGAUUGGAUGAUCUAUUUCAGCCAGUUAACAAAGCUGUCUGGUGCUGAACAGAAGAUGGCGGCUACUAUCGGAGUGCCCGAGAGCUUCCUCGCUCGGAAAGCAGCUGGGCAGAGUGUGAGGAAGAGUAUAGACCCUGCAGUGGUGAACAGACUGUACCUGGCACUGGUGCUUUAUUCCCUGCUGAACGAGACGAACGUGUGGAACGUCUCAGACAAAUUCCAGCUGACGCGAGGCCUCAUUCAGACCCUCGUCAGUUCCGCCUCAGCCUUCUGCUCCUGCGUUCUGCAUUUCACUGAGGAGCUGGAGGAGUUUUGGGCCUAUAAAGCUCUCCUUACCGAGCUGACCCGCAGACUGACCUACUGCGUACAGGCCGAACUCAUUCCACUGAUGGAGGUCGCCGGAGUCAUGGAGUUCCGAGCCAAGCAGCUUUAUAAUGCUGGGUAUAAAUCUCUGGCACAUCUGGCCAACGCUGACCCGAACGCGCUGGUGAAAACUGUGGAGAAUCUUUAUAAGAGGCAGGCCAAUCAGAUUGUGGCCUCAGCAAAAAUGCUGUUACAAGAAAAGGCAGAAGCUCUGCAGGAGGAAGUCGAUGAACUGCUUAUGUUUCCUCCUGACCUCCCGUCUGCUUAAAUAUUUACUUUUGUGUAAUUCUACUUAACAUGUAUUCUGUUUAUAUUUAUCCGUGAUGGCUAGCCCAUGUGUCUAAAAUAAAAGCGACAUUUAUUUU